CAACUUACGAAGCUGCACUGUUGGUGCUGCGCUUCAACUGCGAACCUCGUUUUUUCCCGCACAUCUACGCAGUAUCCGAACUUCCUUUUUCCAUCAUCUUCUUUCAACUACUUCUUCUUCUCUUUCCUCAACCCUCUCCCCCUACCUAUUCUUGAUUCCAUUUCAUCAUCCCUCUUAGCACUUGCAGCUUCAGUUUCCGUGCACUCAUUUCAUUAAUCUUUGCAUGGUUCUUGUAUUGUAGUUCCCCUCCUUUAUAACUUCACAGAAACUCCAACAUGUCGCAACUUCGCUUCGACGGACAGACUGUGGUUGUCACAGGUGCUGGUGGUGGUCUGGGAAAGGCCUAUGCCGUCUUCUUCGGCUCACGAGGUGCCAACGUCGUGGUCAAUGAUUUGGGUGGCUCACAUACCGGCGAGGGCCACUCGUCCAAGGCUGCGGAUGUUGUCGUCGACGAAAUCAGAUCCAAGGGCGGAAAGGCUGUUGCUAACUACGACAGCGUCGAAUUCGGAGAGAAGAUCAUCGAAACUGCCAUCAAGAACUUUGGCCGUAUCGACAUUCUUAUUAACAACGCCGGAAUCCUCCGAGAUGUUAGCUUUAAGAACAUGAAAGACCAGGAUUGGGAUCUGAUCAACCAGGUCCAUACUUAUGGUUCAUAUAAGUGCUCAAGAGCCGCAUGGCCCUACUUCAGAAAACAAAAAUUUGGCAGAGUCAUUAAUACCGCUUCUGCUGCAGGUUUGUUUGGUAACUUCGGUCAGACAAACUAUUCAGCGGCCAAAUUGGCAUUGGUUGGCUUCACCGAGACUCUGGCAAAGGAGGGUAUCAAAUAUAACAUCCAUGCCAACGUCAUUGCCCCAAUUGCUGCGAGCCGUAUGACUGAAACUGUCAUGCCACCGGAGGUUUUGGAAAACCUCAAGCCCGAGUGGGUUGUUCCCUUGGUCGCCUUCCUUGUCCACUCUUCUUGCAAGGAGACCGGAUCCAUCUUCGAGGCUGGAGCCGGCCAUGUGGCCAAAUUGCGUUGGGAGCGUGCCAAGGGCGCCUUGUUGAAGACAGAUGAUUCUCUUACCCCUGGUGCCCUUUUGGCAAAAUGGGACCAAGUCAACAACUUCUCUGAACCAAGCUACCCAACUGGCCCCAACGAUUUCAUGGAUUUGCUUGAAGAAGGAAUGAAACUCCCCAGCAGCCCCGCUGCUAAGCAACCUGACUUCACUGGCAAGGUUGCCUUGAUCACAGGCGCCGGAAACGGACUCGGCCGAGCCUAUGCCCUUCUCUUUGCCAAAUUAGGCGCCGCGGUUGUCGUUAACGAUUUGGUUGACCCAGAACCAGUUGUUCAGGAGAUCAAGCAAAUGGGAGGCAAAGCCGUCGGCUCCAAAGCGUCAGUUGAGGACGGCGCGGCUGUCGUAAAACCAGCAAUUGAUGCCUUUGGCCGUAUUGACAUUCUCGUCAACAAUGCUGGUAUCCUCCGUGACAAAGCUUUUACCAACAUGGAUGACAGCUUGUGGAAUCCCAUCAUUAAUGUCCAUCUCCGUGGCACCUACAGCGUUACUAAGGCAGCUUGGCCCUACAUGUUAAAACAGAAAUAUGGACGAAUUGUCAAUACCACCAGCACCAGCGGAAUCUAUGGCAACUUUGGCCAAGCCAACUACGCUGCUGCCAAAUUGGGCAUUCUCGGUUUCUCCCGAGCUUUGGCACUUGAGGGUGCCAAAUACAACAUCCUCGUCAAUACAAUUGCGCCAAACGCUGGUACUCAGAUGACGCGGACUGUUAUGCCUGAAGAGGUUGUCCAAGCGUUCAAACCAGACCAAGUUGCGCCAAUCGUCGCCCUUCUCUGCUCUGAUAUGGUGCCCCAGCCAGCUACGAAGGGCUUGUACGAAUGCGGCAGCGGUUGGUUCGGUCGAACCAGAUGGCAGCGAUCUGGUGGUCACGGUUUCCCUAUCGAUGUUGAGUUGACUCCAGAAGCAGUUGCUGCUAUGUGGAGCAAGAUCACCAACUUUGAUGACGGCCGCGCAGACCACCCAGAAGAUGGCCAGGCAGGAUUCAAGAGUAUCAUGGAGAACAUGAGCAACAGGAGUGGCGGCUCAGCCGCGAAGGGUAGUGACGAAAACCAGCAGAUCCUGGACGCAAUUACAGCUGCCAAGGGAAUGAAGGCGGAGGGAACUUCCUUCGACUACACUGAUCGCGACGUGAUUCUCUACAACGUCAGCCUCGGGGCUAAGCGAACUCAACUUCCUCUCGUUUAUGAGAAUGACGACAACUUCCAGCCUCUGCCCACCUUUGGCGUUGUUCCUUGGUUCAAUACUGAUAUCCCGUGGAAUAUGGGUGAAAUCGUCGCCAACUUCUCGCCCAUGAUGCUUCUUCACGGCGAGCAGUAUUUGGAGAUCAAGAAGUUCCCCAUCCCAACUGCCGCCAAGACCAUCUCUUAUCCAAAACUCAUCGAUGUCGUCGAUAAGGGUAACGCUGCUAUCGUUGUUAACGGCUACAUCACCAAAGAUGCAAAUACAGGAGAAGAUCUCUUCUACAAUGAGUCUACCAUGUUCAUCCGUGGAAGUGGAGGCUUUGGUGGUCCUAGCAAGCCAACUGCUCGCCGUCCUGCUGGCGCCACCGCAGCGUAUAAGCCACCGCAGCGUAAGCCAGAUGCUGUGAUUGAAGAGAAAACCUCUGAGGACCAGGCCGCCCUCUACCGCCUCAACGGCGACCGCAACCCGCUCCACAUUGAUCCAGAAUUCAGUAAGGUUGGUGGUUUCAAGAUUCCCAUUCUCCACGGUCUCUGCUCGAUGGGCAUCUCCGGUAAGCACGUCUUCAGCAAAUUCGGUGCUUUCAAGAACAUCAAAGUUCGAUUCGCCGGUGUUGUUCUUCCCGGCCAGACUCUCAGAACCGAGAUGUGGAAGGAAGGAAACUUUGUCCUUUUCCAGACCACUGUGGUCGAGACUGGUAAGCCUGCCAUCGCUGGUGCUGGUGUAGAGCUUGUCUCCGAUAAGGCUUCAAAGCUCUAAGCGGUUUAUCGGCUCAUAUGGUUUGAGUUUAUAAAUGGCAUUCGAUGUCUAGCCGUCAUCUACGGCUGCUGACGAACCGGUGUCUCUGGCAUCAAGAUCGUAUUCGUUCUUUUGUUCACGGGUGUACUGUACAUAUUAGGUUGGUUAGGUAGUUGCAAAUUUGGGGUAAUUUGUUCUUUUAAUGAGUUAAAAUGUAUGCACACUGCA